GUUCGUCUUUGCCCUAUGACCUCAGUACUAAAUCUAGAUGAUAGAGAUCUAAGAUCAAUGCUUAUAGAUCUAGAAUCUAAUUUACUUUACUAAUUCUCAUGGCAACAACCAGUGGUAGCAAUCAAACCCUCUUGGGUGAUCCAAAGAGAUUAAGGUUGAUACUGACCAUCUCAUUGUAUUCUAUCGUUGCUGUCAUUUUGAACUUUUAUAUCAUGGAUAUUCUUGUAUUGUUGGUGUUGACACUAGCUCUAUGGUAUGCACACGGCUACAUCAAAGAUUACACAAAAGAGGCAGUUGAUCCAAGCAAUAAAUAUGUUUAUAUCACAGGCUGUGACUCAGGUUUUGGAUUGGAGGCUGCCAAAGCUCUUAGAGACUUGGGUUUUGGUGUAAUAGCUGGAUGUUUAGAUGACCACAGUCCUGGAGCUGUAGAACUGAAAGCAAGACCUUGGGUAAAGAAAAUUGAGGUGGUCAUCUUGGAUGUCUCCAAUGAGGCCAGUGUUUUAGCUUGUGCCAAAGAGGUCAAGGACAUUUGCAGAGAUCAAGGCCUCUGGGCUGUGAUCAACAAUGCAGGAAUCAACUGUAUGGGGCCAACUGAACUGGUAUCCAUGGAGAUGUUUCACAAAUGUGCUGAAGUAAAUCUUUUCGGAGCUAUUAGGGUCACUAAAUCUGUACUGCCAUUGAUUAGGCAAGCUGAAGGAAGGAUCAUUAAUGUCAUUAGUGAAAGAGCAUUUAACCCAUGGAAAGACAGUGCCCCGUACUGUGUGACUAAAUUUGGACUGGAAGCUUUCUCUGCUUGCCUUCGUAGAGAAAUGUCUCCUUUCAAAGUGAAGGUCAUUACUAUAGCACCUGGAGAGUUUGCUGGUGCAACAGGCAUAGCCAAACAAAGAAUGAAUGAGCAGUUGGUUAGUAAACUUUUGCAAGCUCACUCAUCCAUGUCCUUGCAAGACCAGCAGAAUGCGUACAAGAAGGAAGAUAUUACAGGUAUUGCAGACAGAAUAUCAGCAGCUGUGGAGAAGUCCUGCAGCAGUUCUGAACCUGUUGUUUCUGCCUACAUUGAUGCUGUUCAAAAUGUCCACCCCCAGCGGUGUUACAUGAUUCAUGGGUACAAAAGAAAGUGUUUGGACCCUCUAAUAAUUCUGGCUCGAUGCCGACCUUUCAUUCCUGAGAAAAUCGUUCCUGCUGUGGAGAAAUUGCUGUUUGCUGUCUUAGGAUAAUUAUCAUGUGGUGUGUUAGUUAUCGUAUAGGGUAUUGAAAAACUGAGUUUUUUUUUAAUGCUAUGAUUGGUUACAUCUUGAGAAUAAAUGACAUUUUAAACUAACUUUGAUGACAGUAACCACUAUUUUUUCUUUAAAAAUAACUUGUUGUGUGAAAGCGCCUCAGAUUUUUAUAAAACUAUUUGUACAUUGAAACAUCUGUCACAGGUUUUUCAAAUGUUCAGUUUUUGCAAAAUUGGUGUCAUUGACUCAAAUAGGAACAUGAAAUCUAUCAUGAAAUAGUAUUAUCUAUAAAUAUAUAUCUAUAUUGCUUUCUAUCCACACAGAUAUUGAUUGUCAUUUAGUCUCUUAAAUUAUUUUUUGUAUUUGCUUGCCCAACUACUGAAUCAGUCUGCAUCAGUAGAAAAUGAGUAGUUCGACCUUCUUUGCUUUAAUUUCAGAGAGACAAAUGUCUAUUUUAUUAUAGGCCUACAUUGUUACUCAAAGAUGUGGUUUUAUAUUUAUUUUUUUUAACCAAUAUGGCUUUUGAUCUAAAUUGGUCUUCCUUUCAAAUAUUUUUAUCCCCAUUGAAUUCUCAAAUAUUUUUUUUUAUUGAACUGUAAAUAUAUUUUUAUUUCUCUUUUCCUGGAUGGGUUUCAUUCAAAUCUUGGAUUUUUUGUUUUCUAUCUAGUCAGAAUUUUAAAAAAACAUUUUGUUGAGAUUAUUUUUUUGUCAUAUUUUUAAUUUUAAUGGUACAGUUGUAAUCAAAAAUGUUUUAUUGAUACAUUUUAAAAAAUAUAUUUAGAGAUAUCUACAUUUGUUAAAGUAAUGAUUUAUCUUCUCUGGUAAUUUAAGAUGUAAUUUUUUUUUCUUUGGUUUACAAGUAACUUUUAAAAAAUUUGUAUAAUAUUGAUGAUAAUAAUUUUAAUACAUAGAUACUAUUAGAGCAUGGAAUGAGUUGCCUAAGCCAGCCAGGAAAACCAAUGACUUUGCAGAAUUUAAGUCAAUGGUUAACAUGCAUGAUGCUUAGGACGUAAUCAUCUUCUUUUUUUGAAGUAAUGUCUGUAUUUUAUAAGAUAAGAUGGUAAAUAAGCUAAUCAAAUCUUUUUUUUUUUAAAAGUCAUUACACUUUUUUUGCCAGACAUCUCUAUUUGUAAUUUUUCUUUCUUUUAUUAUUCAAGACCUUUUUUUUUUAUCUCUUCAUGAUAUGUUUUUGCUCACUCAAUGGUUAGUAGUUUUUUUUUUUACUGGUACUGUCUCUUUAAUUACAAGCAAAUUUUGUUAUGUUAAGUACCUUUUUUUUUAAACAUUCUAUUCUUUUGAAAGGUUCAAAGUUAUUUAUGAGUGUCACUACAAGAAAACCAACUAUGAUUAUAACUCAUUAAGGACUUACAAGCUAGACCAAAGGGUUAUAUUGGAAUUUAAUCUAAUGACUGUUGUCAGCAGGCCCCUAAAGGGCCACAUUGCUGUACUUAUCCCACUUCUAAUCUCCUCAACUUCGAUGCAGUCCCUUUAAAUGACACCACUGUCAGAAAAUACAAGCUCUAUAACCAUAGGAGGCACAGUGGCUGAGCGGUAAAGCGCUUUGUCUUCCGGGUCCCGGUUUCGAAUUCUGGUGAAGACUGGAAUUUUUAAUUUCGGGAUCUUUGGGUGCCUCUGAGACCACACAGCUCUAAUGGGUACCUGACAUGAGUUGUGGAGAAGUAAAGGCAGUUUGUCAUUGUGCUGGCCACAUGACACUCUUGUAAACCAUAGGCCACACAACCAGAUGACCUUUACACCAUCUGCCCUAUAGACCACGAGGUCUGAAAGGGGAACUUUACUACUUACUUAUGGCCACAUCACAAGGUCCUAAUGCUCCCAAAGAUCUUCCUUCAGGGAAUAUUACCAUGAAAAAGAAGAGGAGGCAGACAGAGGGGGUGAUGGGGGCCUGCAUUGAGGCAUGGACAGGUCUGUGAUUGGGUGAUAUUCUGCCCAGGGCAGGGGACAGGGAGGAGUGGAGAGGGAUUGUCUUGUAUUGUAUGGUUCAACAGACUAAGGGAUAGAUGAAGGUGAAGAACAGUACAAGACCAUGUUACUAUACCAAUUCUUGUCAGUUGUUUUAAUAAUUUGAAAGUUCAUACAAAGGUUUUUGUUCAGAGUUUACUUUUGUCUUGUAUUUUUGUUUUUGUAGUUAUAGCAUCUUCAUUCAUGUUGCUCAAAGAUAAAAGAUUCUUGAUGUAAGCAAAUAGAUUUUAAUAUCAUAUGUUUACAUGUACCUAAAGUCACUAAAACCUGUUUACCAAUGUAAUCAAACUUUUUGAGUUUUAUGAGCUAAUGGAUACAUUUCCAUUAGUAUACAAAACUCAUCUUCUGGGUUUGUUUGUUUUUAUAUUUGAGAUUGUUUACUUCAUUUAAGAUGAUCUGUACUUAAGGAUUUUCAGAUUCUUUUAAUAGCUACUUAUACUUAGUGUCACAAGCAGAGUAGGCACUGUGUAUGACUUAAUCUUUGAACCUUUACUAAAAUAAAAUGGACGUACAAUGGACUGACUAAAAUAUUCAUGUUCAUUCCCACAGCCCUAAGAAUGGACAAACAUAGCUUGUUACGUCACAUUAUGGGCUUCGAAAUAUGAACGAUACACCAAUCUCGUAAGAUAAUAUGCAAUAUGAUUUGACUGUGUUAACAUAGUUUGAUUUUCUUUUGCUUUUCUGAUUGUGGUUUUAGAAAGAAAGAGAUAAGUGCACUAUUAGAUUUAGAGGAGAAUAUGAUGAGAUUUCAAAUGGUUAAGGUUUUUGUGCCUUUCUCUAUAUUUGAUCUGUCCUCUUAUCCUUGCUUAUUUUUACAAAGCUUAUAUUAACUCACUCUGACUGUCUGUCUGGUACAUAUUUUGUACACAUUUUUUUUCCCACUUCCCAUUUUUGGAUCAAGUUGAAAAUUUGAGCAAUUAUUCAUAGUAAAUAACUAUACAUGAAUCAGUAAAUAAUAAUAACCAAUGGUUGAAUCAAUUAGGAGUAAUUAAUUAUUUUUGUAGAAAAUGGGAGUUAAACCUUGCAUUAUUGAGAGAUGUGGCAAUGAUUUUGUGGUUUUGUUUUAAAAAAAAGUAUUUUCUGUUUCCUAAUUCAUUUAAAAUGAAUGUUCCUAAUUGGCAUUCCAGGUUUACUUUCUUAAUUCUUGUCUCUUUUUUUAAGUUAACUACAUUUAUUGGUAUCAAGUUUUCAAAGAUGUCAUUUAGACAUUAUCAUUAAAGAAGUUUAACAAAUAAAGUCAUAAGGAGGGAGGAUUUCUCUGAAUUUAGAUUUGUAAUAAAUUCAAUGUUGAUGUUUUAAACUAAACAGUUCUAGGAGUUUUUGAAAUUUUUAAUUUUUUUUUUUUAAUUUCCUAUUACUGGUAUUGAAAAUUCUGUUCUUGAAAUAUUUAUAGUUAAUUAUUUGUCUUCAACCAUCUCUUAAAUCUCAUCACCUAUCAUAUCCAUGAUCAUUUGAUAGUCCUUGUGUGGAUAAUAACCUUAGAGUUAUGGUUAAGCUAUUGCUGCUUUCCCUAAAAAAAAAAAACAGAAAAGAAAUGCUUUUUAGUUAAGAAGAGUUUAGAAGGACUAUUUAAGUCUUUAAUAAAUAUCUUUUGCUUGCACACUGAACCCUUUAAAACUGUUUUGUCCUGCUGAAUAUCUUUUUAUUAUAAUAGUGUUUUAAAUUUUUAGAACAUUUCUUAGUGGUCCGCAAUGUGUGAAGGAUAUAUAGCUUAAAGAGACAAAAAAAAGUUGCCAAUUUCUUAUUCCAAAUGAUAGGACGAAUUAUUAUUAGUUCUAUUUCUUCCCUAGUGUGACUAGGUCAUGGAAGGGUCUCUGCAAUCACCCAGGAAUACCAGUGAACUUAAGUCUCUAAUUAAACUGCACAGCACAUGGAUACUUGCAGAGCAUAAAUAUCUUCUUCUUUGAAACAACCUCUGUAAUUUAUAAAAUAAGCUUAAAUGUAAAAAUGGCAAAUUGUUCAUGAGGCCAUCGUCUGAUCAGCACAACGACUAACCACCUUUCCUCAUCAGGGGUAUCCCCAUUGGAACUGAGGAAUCAUUAUCCCCUAAAUUCCUGCUUUAAACAAAAGCUUCAUUUGGAUUUGAAGUAGAGGCCAAGUUUGUUGUAAUCGUUUUGUUCUACCUUUCGUUAACUACACUGUCUUGGUGGCAAUAGUGGUUUAUAAUAUAUCAGUCUAAACAAUAAAAUGCAUAAUUACAUGACUGCUUGACAUUUUUCUAAGUACCUAUAUUUUAAAAUCUUUAAUCAAACAACUUUGACCAGAUCCAUCCAUUCUAAUGCCUGGUGCUAUAGUCCGUUUCUGUCUUUAGUAUGACUGGUAAUUUUUUUUUUUUCUUUCAUAUUUACAAAAUGUUUUGAUAUGUAACAUCAGUCACUUAAUAUAUUUAAGUCUAUUCAUGCUUGGAAUGACUGUGAUGCAUUUGAGACUGUCAGAAGGAAAUAAAUCAAUGCUAUUUGAUUGCCUUCUUACAAGACACAUUUAUGUGUGAGAAAAUAUUGGAAUGCUCUAAUUGUUUCGUUAAUUACUUUUACUCACUAUUUUACUGGAUUAUAGAUAUAAAAACAGCAGUAUUACAUUAUAACUUUUCAUGUUUUUAACUAUGAGUUUACUGUAAAACAUUCCUUUUUUGGAUAGAUGUAUUUCAUGCUUAUGAUUUUCUUUUUUACAUAUUUUUUUUUUUCUUUUAUUUCAAAGAGUGAUUAUCAGUGGCACUGCAAAUGUUUAAUUUUUGUUUUUUGUGUGUAGUGCUUUCAAUCAACAUUUUCAGUUUUCGAAUAAAAUAUCACUUACAAAUGCAA